CUGACUGUGGAGGACGUGGUGGUCGAUACCAUCGUCUACGCGGGCGUGGCGAUCGCCUUCGUCGUCACCCUCUAUCCGUUCCUGUUCGUGCUCAGCAUGUCGAUCAGCGAUCCGGUGGCCGUCGCCAGGCGGGAGGUCUUUCUGCUGCCCAAGGGGUUCAGUCUGGCCGCCUACCGGACCGUGCUCAGCGAUCCCGUCGUGAUCAGAAGCUACUACAACACCCUUUGGUAUACCGCCGUGGGCACGGCGCUGAACCUGGUGUUCACGGUGAUGGCCGCCUACCCGUUGUCCAAGCGCAACUUCUCGGCGCGCGGCGUGCUGAUGUUCCUGAUCGUGUUCACGAUGUUCUUCUCCGGCGGCUUGAUCCCGCUGUUCGUGCUGGUGGUCAAGCUGGGGCUCUACGGCACCCGCUGGGCGAUCGUGAUCCCGCCGUUGAUCGCCACCUUCAACCUGAUCAUCUGCCGCACGUUCUUUCAGACUCUUCCGGAGGAUCUGUUCGAGUCCGCCCGGAUCGAGGGCGCAGGCGAAUGGCGCAUCGUCUGGAAGAUCGUGCUGCCGCUGUCCAAGCCGAUCGUCGCCGUGCUGGUGCUGUUCUACGGGAUCGCCCACUGGAACAGCUUCUUCCCUGCCUUGCUCUACCUGCCGAAAGCCGACCUGCAGCCGAUCCAGAUCUACCUGCGCCGGGUGCUGAUCCAGGCAUCGCCGGAGGCGGUGCAGCAGUUCGAGACCGGGGAGGCUGGCGAGGGCAUCAUGGCGAUGGUGCAGAUCAAGUUCGCGGUGAUGAUCGUGGCGAUGCUGCCGAUCCUGCUGCUGUAUCCGUCCUGCAGAAGUACUUCGUCAAGGGCGUGUUGA